UAAAAAUAAAAAUCAUCAAUCCAAAGUAAGUCAUUCGCAAUACAAUAUAUCAAUUAGGUUCGGUGUGUGUAGUGGAAAUUUCCCUAUUAUUUCUCUUUUGGCAGUUUCUUUGUUCUCUUAGAUUUCUCUUAUGCUUGCUUUGUUCACUCUUCGAAAAGACGAAAGAACACACCCAAGCUUAAGCUGCCAAGGAAAGCAAAGAAGAAAAAACCAGCUAAGAAGAAUGUCAGCGUAACACCACAAGCAGUGAGACUCUGAGAGAGUCUGAGAGAAGCGCAGGUAUCGUGAUUUUCAAUGAAGAAAAAAGCACUGGAAACCCAAAGGGCAGAAGCGAAAACCCCAAACUACUCAAUCUCUUCAUCUUCAGCUUCAAUUCAACCACCUGGCUCCGUACGCGAGAAGCAGCGGUGAUAUGUGCCGACAAGACUCGCGUGUGCGAAUGUCGGCGGAGGAAGAAAUGGCUGCGGAGGAGAGCCUCUCUAUCUAUUGCAAGCCUGUUGAAUUUUACAACAUUCUUCAACGCCGCGUUAUAAGAAAUCCUUCUUUUCUCCAAAGAUGUUUGAGCUACAAAAUAGAGGCCAAGCACAAAAGGAGAAUACAAAUGACAGUUUCCAUUUCAAGGAAUGAGAAGGAAGGUGUACAAACCCAGAAUCUCUUUCCUUUGUACGUGUUUUUGGCCAGAUUAGUUCCUGAUGUUGCAGUUCCAGAGUAUUCUGCUACAUAUCGAUUCAGUCGAGCUUGCAUGUUAAGCAAUUCCACAGGGGCUGAUGGGAGCAGUCAACUUCAAGCUAAUUUUAUUCUGCCUGACAUUAAUAAGCUAGCAUUGGAGGCUAAAUCUGGCUCACUUGCCAUCUUGUUUGUCAGCUUUGUGGGAGCACAGAAUCCAUUUCGUGGAAUCAAUUUAUCCAAGGGUCCUGUGGAUAUGGCUUCUUUUCCUUCAAAUGCUGGAGGAUAUUGCCUGUGGAGCCAGAUACCAUUGGAAUUACUGUAUAUCUCUUGGGAAAAUUCUCCUAAUUUUGGUUUGGGACAGAGAGCUGAGAUGAUCUCCACUAUUGACAUGCACUCUUGCUUCUUGAAGUUGAGCUGUUUAAAUGAGGACAAGUGCCUUAUGAUUGCAACUCCCUAUAAUCCAGAAACUGUUAUCCUUUCCCAGCAACUACAGGUCACCAUUUCUGCAGAGGAGUUUGGUGCUAGGGAAAAAUCUCUUUAUAAUACAUACAUAUGUAGUGACAUUCCUUCUACAUCGUUACCUCAUAUCAUUCGGUUAAGGGCAGGAAAUGUGAUUUUUAAUUAUAGAUACUACAGCAAUACAUUGCAAAGGACAGAAGUGACUGAAGAUUUUUCCUGUCCAUUUUGCUUGGUUAGGUGUGCAAGCUUUAAGGGUCUGAGACAUCAUUUGUGCUCAUCACAUGAUCUCUUCAACUUUGAAUUUUGGGUAACUGAAGAGUAUCAAGCUGUAAAUGUCUCUGUGAAAAUUGAUAACUGGAGAUCUGAGAUUGUUGCUGACGGUGUUGAUCCUAAGCUACAAGUAUUCUUUUCUUGUUCAAAGCCACUUAGACGCAGAAGACCCAAGAACCUAUAUCAAAGUUUAAAGCACGUACAUCCUCAUGUCUUACAGUCUGACUUGCCUGCAGGACUCUGUGAUCUUUCAGACAAGGCUGAUGAUGCUCAUUCUAGUAAAGGUGAUAAGGCUAGAAUAUCAGGGGUGUCAAGUUCCAUACCACAAUCAUGUGCUGAUCCUGGUUGUGUUCAAUCAAUAUCUGGAAACAAUUUUGCACCUCCUGCAAUGCUACUGUUUGCAAAGACAAGAAAGUUAUCUGUUGAGCGUUCAGACCCUAGAAACUGUGCACUCCUGCGGAAGCGACAGUUCUUUCACUCACAUAGAGCCCAGCCAAUGACAUUGGAACAAGUUUUGUCAGAUCAGGAUAGUGAGGAUGAGGUUGAUGAUGAUGUUGCUGAUUUUGAAGAUCGAAGGAUGCUUGAUGAUUUCGUUGAUGUGACUAAAGAUGAGAAGCAAAUGAUGCAUAUGUGGAACUCCUUUGUGAGGAAGCAACAGGUGCUGGCCGAUGGUCAUAUUCCUUGGUCGUGUGAGGCAUUUUCGAGAUUGCACGGACAUGACCUUGUCAGAGCUCCGGCCCUGAUAUGGUGUUGGAGAUUAUUCAUGAUCAAAUUGUGGAAUCAUGGUCUUCUUGAUGCACGCAGCAUGAACAACUGUAACAUUAUUCUUGAACAGUGUCAAAGCCAGGUUUCGGAUCCGAAAAGUUGAAAGAGAUUAUUUUUUUCAUUAGAUUCAGGCGCCUUCUUACUAAUAUGCUGAUCUCAGUGCCUGCAUUUUGUAUUAUGUGCCUAUUUUCAUGGUUGGGCUGAAAGCUUUUUCCAUGCCCGUUGUCCUGCUGUGAUGAGCUCUAUGCGAUUUUUUCCAAAUGAAUGCAGAACUGUACUAUCCGUCUCUCCUAACCUGAGAAAUAUAUGCAAGUAGAAUUAUGAGCAACAAAAUUUCAAUUUGUUA